AGCCCGCCUGCAGCCUGCCCGCAGCGCCGCCGGGUCGCCGGGCCGGAGGCGCUGUCAUGGCCCCCGUGCUGAGCAAGGACGCGCCGGACAUCGAGAACAUCCUGGCUUUAAAUCCUCGAACACAAACUCAUGCAACUCUGCGUUCUACUGCGGCCAAGAAAUUAGACAAGAAACAUUGGAAAAGAAACUCUGAUAAGAACUGCUUUGAUUGUGAGAAGCUGGAGAAUAAUUUUGAUGACAUCAAGCACACGACUCUUGGUGAGCGAGGAGCUCUCCGAGAAGCAAUGAGAUGUCUGAAGUGUGCAGAUGCCCCCUGUCAGAAGAGCUGCCCAACAAACCUGGAUAUUAAAUCAUUCAUCACAAGUAUUGCAAACAAGAACUAUUAUGGAGCUGCUAAGCUAAUUUUUUCUGACAAUCCACUUGGUCUUACUUGCGGAAUGGUAUGUCCAACCUCUGAUCUUUGUGUAGGAGGAUGCAAUUUAUAUGCCACUGAAGAGGGAUCAAUUAAUAUUGGUGGACUUCAGCAGUUUGCUACUGAGGUGUUCAAAGCAAUGAAUAUCCCACAGAUAAGAAAUCCUUCUCUGCUGCCCCCAGAAAAAAUGCCUGAAGCCUAUUCUGCAAAAAUUGCCCUGUUUGGUGCUGGGCCGGCCAGUAUAAGUUGUGCUUCUUUUCUGGCUCGAUUAGGCUACUCUGACAUCACUAUAUUUGAAAAACAGCAAUAUGUGGGUGGCUUAAGUAUUUCUGAAAUCCCUCAGUUCAGGCUGCCCUGUGAUGUUGUGAAUUUUGAAAUUAAACUUAUAAAGGACCUUGGUGUAAAGAUAAUUUGUGGAAAAAGCCUUUCUGUGGAUGAAAUGACUCUUACUACGUUGAAAGAAAAUGGCUACAAAGCUGCUUUCAUUGGAAUAGGUUUGCCAGAACCCAAAAAAGAAAAUAUCUUCCAAGGCCUAACACAGGACCAUGGGUUUUAUACGUCCAAAGAUUUUUUGCCACUUGUAGCCAAAAGCAGUAAAGCAGGAAUGUGCGCCUGUCACUCUCCAUUGCCGUCGAUACGGGGAGCCGUGAUUGUACUCGGCGCCGGAGACACUGCCUUUGACUGCGCCACCUCCGCCCUGCGAUGUGGAGCCCGCCGCGUGUUCAUCGCCUUCAGAAAGGGCUUUGUUAAUAUUAGAGCGGUCCCGGAGGAGAUGGAACUUGCCAAAGAAGAGAAGUGUGAGUUUCUGCCUUUUUUAUCCCCACGGAAGGUGAUUGUAAAAGGUGGGAAAAUUGUUGCCAUGCAGUUCGUCCGGACUGAGCAGGAUGAAACUGGGAACUGGAGAGAAGAUGAAGAGCAGGUGGUGCAACUGAAAGCCGCUGUGGUCAUCAGCGCCUUCGGCUCCACUCUCAGCGACCCCAGAGUAAAAGAAGCCUUGCAUCCCAUAAAAUUUAACAGAUGGGGUCUCCCUGAAGUCGAUCCAGAAACUAUGCAAACCAGUGAACCAUGGGUGUUUGCAGGUGGUGACAUUGUGGGUAUGGCCAACACUACAGUGGAAUCUGUCAACGACGGAAAGCAGGCUUCCUGGUACAUCCACAAAUAUAUACAGUCACAAUAUGGAGCCUCAGUCUCUGCCAAGCCAGAACUGCCCCUCUUUUACACGCCCGUGGAUCUGGUGGACAUCAGUGUGGAAGUGGCGGGAUUGAAGUUUCCCAACCCUUUCGGUCUUGCCAGUGCUACGCCAGCUACGAGCUCACCCAUGAUUCGAAGAGCCUUUGAAGCUGGAUGGGGUUUUGCACUGACCAAAACUUUCUCUCUUGAUAAGGACAUUGUGACAAAUGUUUCACCCAGAAUCAUCAGGGGGACCACCUCUGGCCCCAUGUACGGCCCAGGACAAAGCUCCUUCCUGAACAUUGAGCUCAUCAGUGAAAAAACUGCUGCAUACUGGUGUCAAAGUGUCACUGAACUAAAGACUGACUUUCCAGACAAUAUUGUGAUCGCAAGCAUCAUGUGCAGCUACAACAAAAAUGACUGGAUGGAACUAUCUAGAAUGGCUGAGGCUUCUGGAGCAGACGCCCUCGAGUUAAAUUUAUCGUGUCCACAUGGCAUGGGAGAAAGAGGAAUGGGCCUGGCUUGUGGACAGGAUCCAGAGUUGGUGCGGAACAUCUGUCGUUGGGUUAGGCAAGCUGUUCGGGUUCCAUUUUUUGCCAAGUUGACCCCAAAUGUCACUGAUAUUGUGAGCAUCGCAAGAGCAGCAAAAGAAGGUGGUGCAGAUGGUGUUACAGCUACCAACACUGUCUCAGGCCUGAUGGGAUUAAAAGCCAAUGGCACUCCAUGGCCAGCAGUGGGCACUGGAAAGCGGACCACAUAUGGAGGAGUGUCAGGAACUGCAAUAAGACCUAUUGCUUUGAGAGCAGUGACUGCCAUUGCCCGGGCUUUGCCUGGAUUUCCUAUUUUGGCCACAGGUGGCAUUGAUUCAGCUGAAAGUGGCCUUCAGUUUCUCCACAGUGGUGCUUCAGUCCUCCAGGUGUGCAGUGCUAUUCAAAAUCAGGACUUCACUGUCAUUGAAGACUACUGCACCGGCCUCAGAGCCCUGCUUUACCUAAAGAGCAUCGAUGAGCUGCAGGACUGGGACGGGCAGAGUCCAGCCACUUUGUGUCACCAGAAAGGGAAGCCAGUUCCUCGUAUUGCUGAACUCAAAGGCAAGAAACUGCCAAACUUUGGACCUUUCCUUGAACAGCGCAAGAAAAUCAUAGCAGAAAGCAAGAUUAGACAGAAAGGACAAAAUGAAGCUUGUUCACCACUUAAGAGAGAUGGUUUCGUCCCCAAAAAUCCUGUUCCCACCAUCAAGGAUGUCAUCGGAAAAGCCCUGCAGUACCUGGGAGCGUAUGGUGAACUGAGCAACACAGAGCAGGUAGUAGCUCUGAUUGAUGAAGAAAUGUGUAUCAACUGUGGCAAGUGCUACAUGACCUGUAACGACUCUGGCUACCAGGCUAUACAGUUUGAUCCAGAAACCCACCUGCCCACUGUUACUGACAUGUGCACAGGCUGUACUCUUUGUCUCAGCGUCUGCCCUAUUAUCGACUGCAUCCGGAUGGUUUCCAGGACAACACCUUAUGAACCAAAGAGAGGCUUACCCUUAGCUGUGAAGCCAGUGUGUUAAGGUGAUGUGUAAGACAGUUGCUGUGAACUUUGAUGUCACCAACAUUAUUUGGUGUUUUAAAAAAUUGUGAUCAUUGUGUUCAGUUUAUUCCAAAUUUAAAACUUACAUAAUUUCUAAAUAAAUUUCUAAAUUAAAAAUAUCUAAUGCCAAGGACCAAUUAAUGGUCAUAAAAUGGAAUAAUUCCUUUCAGGGGAUAGUGUUAAAUAAGGGUGGCAGUUAAUUGGAUAUGCACUGUUAGUUGUCUGUUGUGAAAAAUUAACUUUUUGUGGCAAUUAGUGUGACAAUUUCCAAAUUACCCUACACUGUGCUCCAUCUUUGAUUUCUAAUUGUAAGUGAAAUUAACUAUUUUGGAACAAAGUAUGCUUUACCAUACAAGAAAAUGUUUCCAAGGAAACACUUUAUAAUUAAAAAUUACCUAUAAUUUUAAUACUGUUUCUAAGGAAAUGUAAUUAACUCUGUUAAGAACAAAUGAAAAAUGUCAAAUCAUUAUUUACUAUGACAGGAAUUUAUAGAACUGUAUUAAGAUACCCCCUUUGCUGAAAUAGCUCAUUUUUGGUGCUGGAUGCUGAAAGUGAGACUAUUUCCUGAUUAAACACUAUUCAUGCCUGAGGUGGGUGUCCAGACUGUUCACAGAUGGACCUUCUUUAAAUACUGUUCCCAGUGAAAUAAGAUACUGGGACAGAGAUCUGGCUAAUGCCACACUUCUGCUGUGCACAGAGCUGCCCUGUCUGCUUUUUUGAAGCACCUUCAUUACGUUAGCAAUUAAUGUUCACACAAAUCCCAGAUUACACUGCACUUAGUCACAUGCUUCAUUAUCCAACUGUGAGAAAUGUGCAACAUAGAGAACCAGUUUGCCUACUUUCUACUUAGUGGUUAUGUAAUUUUGAAAUAAUGGAAUAAGAGGAAGCAUGUGCUUUCUGAUAUUGAUGAAGAAUAUUUUUCUGUUUCUCUAUGUUCAUAAUCAAUAAAUGGUGUCAUAUAAAUUGACUUACUUCUCCUUUGUAGCAUAUUUUAGUAUGAAUCUGUAAGGAGUAAAUCAAAAUGGUAAUGUAUGCCAUAUUUCUGUGAAGAAUACCAGAAUUAGAAAUGCAUUUUGGCCACAAAAUAUGUAUGAUUGAAUAUAAAUAAAAUUUUAUGAACUACA